AUGGUCGGCGAGACCAGGAUUUCUUUCGUCCUUUCCCUCAAGAAGCCGGCCAUGGCGACCGCCUUUGAUCUCCGACUUCCAUGCCCAUACCUUCCCCUAGAUUUUUUAUUUCUGCUAAGGCACGCACGCGGAACGCGUCUCUCAUCAGCGGCGAAAGAGCAGUUGAUGGCACGCACCUGCGUAUGGAACGCAAUUCAGGUGAAAGUCUAUCAACGAGUCGCUGAUCCGUUGGCCGCGCCCUCGCAGCUGCACCCGCCUGCCGCGCGUGCCGGAGGCGAAUCGCCCAAGAAGCGGACGCCAGUUGAAAGCUCGCUGCGCGGUGCAGUGCGCAAUAGUGUGCACCUGGUCUUUGCUUGCUGGGAGAGUGUUCGCCUGAUGAGCGCCUUUGUCGUGCCUGGGUGGCCGCUUCGGGGUGGGGUAGCUGGAUCGCGCCGAUCCAGGGCGCUGUACCCGCACCACGGGUCUGCUGGGCUUUUGCGGAGACGUGCGUUUCCGCGUUGCACAGCGGGGGACGUUCGCGGGAGCUACACCGUUGGGAGGCGGCUUCCUUCGGAAACGCCGCCACCACUGCCGGUGCCGACCGACUACGUCCUCAUCUCGGAGACUGCCGAGUGGAGACGGCUGGUGGAGCAUGCAUCUGAGAUCGAUCGUUUGCACCUGCGGGAGCUGAUGCAGGACGUCGAUCGCGUGCGUUCUCUGCGCGCUGAGUAUGACGGGAUCUACCUCGACUACUCGCGGCAGCGGGUGACGAAGGAUACGAUUGAGCUACUUUUCGCGCUAGCGCGUCGUGCGCGUUUGGUGGAUAAGAUCCGCGCGAUGCAGUCCGGCGCGCACAUAAACGUGACCGAGCGGCGCGCCGUGCUGCAUACGGCGCUUCGCGCGGAGCGGAACGCAAGCCUUGUUGUCGACGGUACGGACGUUGUUCGUGACGUGUGGCGGGUGCUCGAUCACGUGCGUGAGUUCAGCGAGCGGGUGCGCAGCGGGGAGCAUCGCGGCGCCACGGGGAAGCCGCUUCGCAGCGUCAUCGCUGUGGGGAUUGGCGGCUCGUAUCUGGGGCCAGACUUUGUGCACGAGGCGUUUCGGACGGAUCCGGAGGCGUUUGAGGCGGCGCGGGGGCGGCACCUUCAUUUUCUCAGCAACGUGGAUCCUGUGGAUAUCAAGCGCUGCACGCAGGAUCUGUCGGCGGAGGAGACGCUGAUAGUGAUCGUGAGCAAGUCGUUCACAACCGCGGAGACGCUUCUGAAUGCACGGGCGAUGCGCGAAUGGCUCUGGUCCGAAAUGGGGCGCUCGGAUGAGGUCGUGCGGCUCCACAUGGUUGCCUGCAGCAGCAACGUGCCGAUGGUGGAGAAGUUCGGGAUCGACCCGCGGAACACUUUUGAGUUUUGGGACUGGGUCGGGGGUAGGUAUUCCGUGUGCUCUGCGGUCGGAGCGCUGCCGCUCUCGAUUCAGUACGGCUUCCCCACGUUCCUGCGAUUUCUAGAGGGCGCGCGCUCUGUUGAUGCGAACUUUUACGACGUUGCUAGUCCGCUGGCGGGGAACUUGCCGGUGAUCAUGGGGCUUCUCGGCGUCUGGAACCUGUCUUUUCUCGGCUACAAGAGCCGGGCGCUGCAUCCUUACGCAGAGGCGCUUCUCAAGUUCCCCGCUCAUAUCCAGCAGGUUGACAUGGAGAGCAACGGUAAGCACGUGACGCUGCGCGGCGACGACGUCGACUACGCGGUCGGUGAGAUCGACUUUGGAGAGCCCGGCACCAACGGCCAGCACUCGUUUUUCCAGCUGCUGCAUAUGGGGCAGACGGUACCCUGCGAUUUUAUUGGCUUCAUCGAGUCCCAGUACCCGCUGUGCAUCGAGGGUGAGCCGGUCAGCAAUGCAGACGAGCUCAUGGCGAACUUUUUCGCCCAGCCAGAUGCUCUGGCGUACGGCAAAACAGCGGCGGAGUGUCGUGCAGAGGGCCGCCCCGAAUGGCUGAUUCCGCAUCUCGUGACGACUGGCAACAGGCCGAGUCUGACGCUGCUGCUGCAGAGGCUGGAUCCGUACGCCACUGGCCAGUUGCUCGCGCUCUAUGAGCAUCGCACGGCAGUCCAGGGUUUCAUCUGGGACAUCAAUUCAUUCGACCAGUGGGGCGUCGAACUCGGAAAGGUGCUCGCAAAGCGUGUCCGAAAGCAGCUGAACGAAAGCCGCUACUUCGGCCGCCCCAUUUCGGAAGAGUUCAACGCUUCAACCAGGGAUCUCAUGGAGAGAUAUCUACGGGGUCAAGUUGGAUGCGUUUUCAAUGAGCCCUUCGACUACCACCGUGAUACAGACACUGGACGAUCCCCGCUGUAA